GACAUCCCUUUCCCCACCCUUCCCCCUCUGGUAGUCAGCGCGCGAGCCGCCUCGCCGAAGCUCCGCCGCAGCGCGCGAGGUGGACACGGAAGCCACGCCCCCUCGCCUCUCCUUUCCUCCUCGGCCCCAUCCCCUCCGCCGCUGCCGCCAGCGCCGUCGCCGAUGGGCGCUAGUAGCGCGCUGACGUUCAGGGUAUGGUGAAGAAGGGAAAGGCAAGGGGAGGGGAGAAAAAGAGCUAAUCUCGUACACCGCGUUCUUUUCCCUCCCUUCUCCCGCCUCUUCCCGAGGUCCUGUGUCUCUGGCGCGCAGAGCCCCGCCCCUCUUCUUGGGGGCCACAGCCAAUGAAGCAGCGGCGCGAGCCACCCGGGCUGGGGGCGGGGCCUGCGCGUGGGGCCUGGCGCGCCUGCGCCCUGUCGCCCGCCCCUCGCCGCCAAGAGGAGGAGGAGGAGGAGGUGGAGGAGGUAGUGGUGGUGCUGGUAGUGGUGGUAGAGGAGGCGGCUCUGGGAAGAGAGGGAGAGAGCGUGAGUUAAGGAGCGCCGUCUUCGCGUCUCUGAGAGCAGGAGCAGAAGCCUCAUACCGAGGAAGACGCUGCCGCCGCCCCUCCCCUUCCCCGCCUCAGGGUCCCCCCCCUUCCCCUCCCCAUCAGGCCGCGCGGAGAGAGCGCCCGAAGCCCCAGGAGGAGGCGGCCGAGGCCCCCCGAGCCCCGAGCGCGCGGACCGAGCGAAGCCGCCCGCCCCGUGUGGUGUGUGAGGUGAAAGGCAGCCGCCCGCCCGCCCCCCCUCUCCCUUCUCUCCUCCCCGGAGCCGGUGAGCGCGGAGAGAGCACCACCAUGUCGGCGCCGGCGGCCAAAGUCAGUAAAAAGGAGCUCAACUCCAACCACGACGGAGCCGAUGAGACCUCAGAAAAGGAGCAACAGGAAGCAAUUGAACAUAUUGAUGAAGUACAGAAUGAAAUAGACAGACUGAAUGAGCAAGCCAGUGAGGAGAUUUUGAAAGUAGAACAGAAAUAUAACAAACUCCGCCAACCCUUCUUCCAGAAGAGGUCAGAAUUGAUCGCCAAAAUACCAAACUUCUGGGUAACAACAUUUGUUAACCACCCACAAGUAUCUGCACUGCUUGGGGAGGAGGAUGAAGAGGCACUGCAUUAUUUGACCAGAGUUGAAGUGACAGAGUUUGAAGAUAUUAAAUCAGGUUACAGAAUAGAUUUUUAUUUUGAUGAAAACCCUUACUUCGAAAAUAAAGUUCUCUCCAAAGAAUUUCAUCUUAAUGAAAGUGGAGAUCCGUCUUCAAAGUCAACUGAAAUCAAAUGGAAAUCUGGGAAGGACUUGACGAAACGUUCAAGUCAGACACAGAAUAAAGCUAGCCGGAAGAGGCAGCAUGAAGAACCAGAAAGCUUUUUCACUUGGUUCACUGACCAUUCUGAUGCAGGUGCAGAUGAAUUGGGAGAGGUUAUCAAAGACGACAUCUGGCCAAAUCCAUUACAGUACUACUUGGUUCCUGAUAUGGAUGAUGAAGAAGGGGAAGGAGAAGAAGAUGAUGAUGAUGAUGAAGAAGAAGAAGGCUUAGAGGACAUUGAUGAAGAAGGUGACGAAGGUGAAGAAGAUGAAGAUGAAGAUGAUGAUGAGGGAGAAGAAGGAGAGGAGGAUGAAGGAGAAGAUGACUAAUAGAACACUGAUGGAUUCCAAACCUUCUUUUACCUUUUUAAUUUUCUUCAGUCCCUGGGAGCAAGUUGCAGCCUUUUUAUUUUUAUUUUCUCUUGUGCGCAUUCGCCUUGUUCUCUUGAGGUCUCUUUCUCUCCUCUUUACACCAUGGUUCACAACUUUUUUUGGGGUGGGAGGGGGGAAUACCUUGAGCAGAAUACAGUGGGAAAAGAAUCUCUACCAGUUUCUGUUCCAAGUUCAUUUUUAUCCCUUCCUAUCUCAAAACAAACUGUUUAUGGAAUCAACACACACUGUGUUCUGUGGGAAAAAAGAAACCUUCUGCUCCCUUCACACUGCUGGAAGCUGAAGGGUGCUAGGCCCCUGUGUAGUAGUGCAUAGAAUUCUAGCUUUUUUCCUUCUUUCUCUGUAUAUUGGGCUCAGAGAUUACACUGUGUCUCUAUGUGAAUAUGGACAGUUAGCAUUUACCAACAUGUAUCUGUCUACUUUCUCUUGUUUAAAAAAAUGAAAAAACUUUAAAAAAAAAAACAAAAAAAAACCAUGGGGUAUAGCAGGUCAGCAAGGGUGGGUUUGAGAUGUUUGGGUGGGUUAAGUGGGCAUUUUGACAACAUGGCUUCUUCUCCUUUGGCAUGUUUAAUUGUGAUGUUUAACAGACAUCCUUGCAGUUUAAGAUGACAGUUUUAAAAUAAAAUUCUCUCCUAAUGAUGACUUUGAGCCCUGCCACUCAAUGGAGAAUCAGCAAACCUGUAGGAUCUUAUUUGGAAUUGACAUUCUCUAUUGUAAUUUUGUUCUUGUUUAUUUUUAAAUUUUCUUUUUGUUUCACUGGAAAGGAAGAUGCUCAGUUUUAAACGUUAAAAUGUACAAGUUGCUUUGUUACAAUAAAACUAAAUGUGUACACAAA